CCUCUGCUAGCCUUGAAUUCUUCCGCCUGGCAGUAAAGCUCCGAACUGUGAUCUCUCUCUCUCUGUCCCUCAGUAGCUUAUGGUGGGGGAUGGAAGGAAAUAAUCGAAUCGGGAAUCUAAUCUUUUGUUAAUCGCAUGAUGUCUCUAUAGGUCGUGCCCUGGAUUUGAUUGUCUUUGGUAGUUUUGUAAAAGGGGCUGUUUUUCUCUAUUCUGAAUCUCGAGCUGGAUACAUCAGAGCGUAUAUCUGAGUUCAUUUUGAAGGAAUUAGCUUCUCUUCAUACAAUUUGAAGGAGGCUAGUAAUUCACUACUCACUUUUAUGUUUUAUGUACUGUUUGGAAGUAAUCAGUCAAUUCAUCAGCUGAAAAGGAUCCUUUUAUUUUGGAAAAAAAACAAGUUGGUAUUGGUAUUCCUGCUCUAGGGGAAAUGGAGCCCAAGCUUCUGGCAGUUGGAAAGAGGGACACUGUAGGGAAGGAGAGCCAGUUGGAAGAGAGCUUUUGCCCACAGAUUGACAAGGAUGAAAGCAAAUUCGUUGGAAAUCAAGAUGAACAGUCUCAUGUUUUGGAGAAAGAAGGGGAGGCAAGCAGCAUGGGUUUAUCAACAGAAGCACAAGUUUUUAUUGAAGACAAUAAAGGAACUUCCAUUAUCUACAGAGGCAGCACCAAAAAACAUAAAUUUGAAUCUUCAACUGUGCAAGGUUUUGAGGUCCAGAGAAAGGAUAAAGGUAGAGAAAGAAGAAGGCUCAACCGGCAGGAAAGAAUUGUGUUUGGGCGCAAGUUUCAAGAGGCAGUAAGAACUUUUGACUGGGAUGUUGCUCAGAGACUCGUUGUAGGGGCGGACGUACAAAUACUCAAUGAUGCGCUUUGUAUUGCCCUGGAUUCAAUCUGGUUCUUGAGAACUAGACAGGAGCUAAUUGGGAUCACUCAGCUUAUAAAUUUAGUAAUCUGUAAUGGUGCUCAUGAUUUCACCAGGGCAGUUUUACGGACAUCAUUUCUUGCAUCUUGUGUGUCUGCUUGCAAAAGCAGUAGAAUGAGCUCAUCAGAUACUCAGGCCAUUUUGGCCCAUAGGUUGCAUGAACGGCUUCAGGAGUGCAGUGGUGAUGAGAUUUUGAAAGCAGAAGCUAGUGUUAAAGUUCAAAAGUUCACAGAAUGGGCUAUGAAAUGUAUAACUAUCCAUUCUGGUGGGCAAGGCUGUGUAAAUAAUGGGGAAAGUAAAUCUCAUUUUGAGAUCCAACUCCAGUUGUCAGCAUUCAGAACCUUUCUAGACCUUGCAGGGGAUCAGAUCACAGGAAAGGACUUUACGGAGGCCUUUGAUGCAGCAUGUUUCCCGCUUACUCUCUUUUCUAGCUCAUUUGAAACAGGCUGGUCUUCUGCAAUUUCCGCAGCCACGGUGAGAGGAUUGCUGGGAAUGUUGGUUGAGGGUGGUGCAGAUAAUGUCAAUCAGUGCUUGUUGGAAGCCUCUCGUUUUGGUAGCACAGAACUAGUUCGAAUCUUGCUGCAGAUUGCUGAAAGAAACAGCUUGGAUGUGGAUAUUGAUCUCGCUCUCGGUUUCGCCUCGUACUACUGUAAUCUCGUUACCAUGGAAUGCCUGGUAGAAGAGGGCCACGCAUCCGCAUUCGUCGCUCCCUUAAUGAAAGCAGCUGAGCGAGGCUGCAUGCCCGUGGUACAAUGGUUCGUAAACCAUGGAUGCACUGACAUGGAGCUCUGCCUGGCCUUAACCGCCGCCACUUCCAACAGCCAGGUCGGCAUCGCGUCCUACCUUCUUCCCCGUGUUCCCCAAAAUGUUCUUUCCACCCUAAGCACAGAGAUCCUCAAGAUGACCGCCGAGAGAGGUAAUGGUUCUCUCGACGGAGUUGCUUUCCUCCUCCGUUCCAACUUCCUUGGUGACCCCAACGCAACCUAUGCUGUCGCGGACAACUUAGCCAUGUUGAGUGAUGCAAAAGUGGAAUCAAUGAAACUCGGUGCCUAUCUGAAGGAACAUUGGUCCGAAGCCGCUUUUACUGAAGGCAUGAGGUUAGGACAAGAACAUUACUUGAACUUCGCACGAGUAGUGAGACGAGGCGAGUCACCCAUUCGCUUGAGGGACUUGCCGGAGCCACUAUCGGCGGCGGUGGCCUUCCUUCCACUCUAUAGGGCGGGCGGACCUUUGCUGCCACAGAAGUUGAGAGGGGAGCUUGUCGAAGCUGUUACGCGGAUUCAAGGGCAACCCUUUGGCAAUGUGGGGAACUAUGGCUUCGAGCUUGUGGAAGUCUUGGAGCGAAAUCUACCUUCUUUUUUACAUGCUGUUCGAUGCGACGCACUCUGUCGCUGAAGUUACCUGCUUUUGUCAAAGAGUAUGCUGUUGUUUCAAAGAACGGAGUAGUUUUUUAAACUGUUCUUUGAUCCAUUAUUUUAUUAGUUUGUGGGUGAGACUGUUGUGGAGAGUUUUAGAUGCUAACAAUCAGGUGUGUCGAUAUAUAUAUAUAUAUAUAUAUGAAAAAUUUUCCUUGUUGGAUAUGUAAGAGUUGGGAAGAGCUAAUUAAUAUAGCUCAGGAGUAAGGAUUGUGGAGAUUUGUGCAUAAGCUAUCCAUCCAUCAGGCAGCAUGGCAGCUUUCUUAUGCCCACUGAUGUUUUGAAAUUAUGUAGCAGAUUUGUCAUGAUUUCCUG